AAAUGCAAGAUCAAAGAAACCUUACGCGCUGCGCAGACGACUCCUCCUCCUCCUCAUCUCUCACAGGAGAGGACGAUAAAGCCUCUGCUGCGAGAUCUCAACGCAAACUCCCCUCCCUCACGUUGUUUUCUGAAAUUUCGCUUCUUUUUUCUUUGAUAUUUGGCUCCCCAAUUUCUUCCCGAACCAGCAAUUUUAACACACUAAUGUUCGCUGCAAAUCCUACCUAUUAAUUCAUUGCAUACCCUUGUUCUGAUUCUCCCAGAUAGAAAUCUAUCCAAUAUAGACCCAUUUUGCAGUUGUUUCGGGAGAUUGAAGAAAAGGGUAGAGAUUUUUUUAUUAUAGUAUGUUAUGGUAAUGGGUUCCGGCAAAGGAGCAACUUCUUCUCAAACAAUGGAGAUAUCAAUCGCAGAUCUUCAUGAGAGGCAUCAACAGGAACUCGAAAAUCUGACAAUGACAACACAGCCUUUCAAAACGUUGAAGUUUUUCAUGCUGGCUAUAAUUCAGUAUGUUAAGCGAUCGGUAAUUUAUUUAUUAGCAAAAGGUGGUUGGUUGAUGCUUCUAAGCACUGUGGUGGCUGCACUUGGUAUUCUUCUUGUGACCAUUGAUGGCCCUCAUGAAAAGCAUAUUGAGGAACUUGGUCAUUAUAUGCGGUUUGGACUGUGGUGGAUUGCCCUUGGUGUUGCAUCCUCAAUUGGUCUUGGGUCUGGUUUGCACACGUUUGUUCUUUAUCUGGGCCCUCAUGUUGCCCUGUUCACAAUAAAAGCAAUGCAGUGUGGCCGAGUUGAUCUAAAAACUGCAGUAUAUGAUACGAUACAGCUCAAAAGAGGUCCUUCGUGGCUUGACAAAGAUUGCCAUGAAUUUGGAGAGGCAGUAUUUCCAACAUCUCAUGGGCUGCGCGUUCCACUUAGCAGCAUAUUGCCGCAGGUCCAAAUAGAAGCUGUUUUAUGGGGAUUGGGAACAGCACUUGGAGAGCUUCCUCCUUAUUUUAUCUCAAGAGCAGCACGUAUAUCAGGUAGUAAAUUGGAUGCCAUUGCCAUGGAAGAAUUGAAUGCUUCCUCAUCUGAAGAUAAUGGAAUCUUAGCUACUCACCUUAAUCAAAUCAAGCGCUGGCUUCUGUCACAUUCUCAACAUUUGAACUUCUUCACAAUUUUAGUACUUGCUUCGGUGCCGAAUCCCCUAUUUGACCUCGCUGGAAUUAUGUGCGGACAAUUUGGUAUUUCAUUUUGGAAGUUUUUUCUGGCAACUGUGAUUGGGAAGGCAAUUGUGAAAACUCAUAUACAGACAAUUUUUAUCAUCUCUGUCUGUAAUAAUCAACUGCUUGACUGGAUAGAGAAUGAGUUGAUCUGGAUGCUCAGCUUUAUACCUGGUUUGGAUUCUGUCCUGACCAACCUCAUAGCCAAACUGCAUGCAGUUAAGGAAAAAUAUAUGUCACCUGCACCACCACUACACUCGAAUAACAAGGUGAAAAAAUGGGAUUUCUCAUUUGCUGCAUUGUGGAACACCAUUGUUUGGCUGAUGCUCUUGAACUUCUUUUUCAAGAUUGUGACUGCAACUGCACAGACGUAUUUGAAAAAACAGCAGGAGAAUGAGCUAGGUGAAAUGAAAACUGAUUCGUCAUCUUCAACAAAUUCAGAUUAGAAUCUGAGCAGAAGCACCCUGAUCCGCAGACAACAUUCCAAGUUGCUUCUUGUUUCUCCUGUGUAGAUUAAGUGACUAGCUCUUUUAUACGUCACCCUCAGGGCAAAUUCCUGUUAGUAGCUUUGUAUAGAAAUAGGAACACUCCCAAGUCCCGCGUCAGUGUCACGUCCAUUAGCUUAAUUCUUACCCAUUGUUAAGCAACUACUACUGCAAUUGGGAUUGGAACCACAUUAGAAUUCUUUGGUAAAUGCAAAACUAGUUAUUUGCUUAUUCA